AUGCAUCUGUGCGGAGCGGGGCCAAGCCUGCCUCUCCGGCUUCUCACGCUGCUCCUCUUGUCCGGGCAGCCGGCGAAGGCUGCGGCGGCCGACGACGACUACGAUGAUUACGCCACCCCCAACGGGACCGAGGCUCCCCAGCCCCCGCCGCCGAUGGGCCUGUGCCCCCGCGCCAUCCCCUCCACCAAGGUGACCCUCAACCGCACCACCUUCCUGGUCCUGCCCCCCUCCUCGCAGGCGCAGCUCGACAGCCCCCUGGCCACGCUCCUUCUUCCCUCCUUCUACGCCCUGGUCUGCCUGGUGGGGCUCCCCGCCAACGCCUUGGGGCUCUGGGUGCUGGCCACGCGCGUCGAGAGGCUCCCGUCCACCAUCUUCCUGAUGAACCUGGCGGCCGCCGACCUCCUUCUGGGCCUCAUCCUGCCCUUCAAGGCUGCCUACUACUACCUGGGCAACCACUGGCCCUUCGGCGAGGGCGCGUGCCGCCUCACCACGGCCGCCUUCCACGCCAACAUGUACUGCUCCCUCCUGCUGCUGGCCUGCAUCAGCGCCGACCGCUACCUCGCCGUGGCGCACCCCUUCCUCGCCCGCUCCUUCCGCAGCCCGGCCUUCGCGGCAGGCACCUGCGGCGCCGCCUGGGGGGCCGCCGUCCUCUCGGCGCUGCCCCUGGCCUUCCGGCGCCAGUCGUACCCCCUCCUGGGCACGGCCCGCGUCUUGUGCCACGACGCCCUGCCGGCCGACGGCGACGCCGCGUAUUUCCGCCCCUAUUUCGUCGCCCUCGUGGCUUGCGGGUUCCUGGCCCCGCUGCUGGUCAUGGCGCUGUGUUCGGGCGCCACCCUGAGGGUCCUGGCGGGGAAAGGGGACCGGUACGCCACCGCCAUCAAACUGACCGUCGUGGUGCUGGCGUCCGUGGUGGCUCUGUACACCCCGAGCCACGUCCUCCUGCUCCUCCACUACUCCCACCGCUGCGCCGGAGCCCGGGGGACCCUCUACGUAGCGUACAUGGGCGCCCUGGCCGCCAGCACCUGCAACACUUGCGUAGACCCCUUUGUGUACUACUACGCCUCGGAGGAAUUCCGCGCCAAGGUGGCGGGGAGGAUCUUUGGGGACUCUGCCGUCUCCCUGAAAACCAGCAAGGAAACCCUGCCCACGAAAUGCUCCCAGGCCCUGGCGUGAAAACAAAACACUAUCGUAACAAAACAAAAUAAAAAAUAGCCCCGCCAUUUCCUGUAUCGCAGGCGUGUCCAGCUCCCGAGGGACAGUGAUCUA